UUAUCUAAAUUUAGUGCACCUGUUUUUUACUGUUUAAGUAAAUUUAAAACGUAGUGAUAGUUUAAAAAUUAAAUUUGCUGAAUAAAGUCUCAAGCAAAUAUUUUGACUCUUAUUUCUGUUUAUUGGAUACCAAAGCUGUUUGGAUUAGGUUCCUCAAACAUUAAUACGUCAUUCUUUUCAAGAGUCUAUAAAUCAUUGAGUAAUCAUGAUCAGAAUUGCAAUCAUCCUCUUACUAAUUCCAUUGAUGAAAAGUGAAAAAUGUCUACUAAAUGGUAGUGACAUUUCAACAUUGGAAAAUUCUUUUAAUACAGCGACGGAUUAUAUGAAAAAGAGUGCUAUACAUGGAGAAUCAUUAAUUUGCAUAGGCACUUCAAGAGCUGGUAAAAGUACAUUUAUUAAUUAUUUAAUAGGCAAUAAAUUAAGGAGUGUACGAUUUUCGCGAUUUGGUGAAUUUAAAAUAAUCAAAGCAGACAAUGAAUCCAGUGGACCGGAAAUUGGUAUUGGACCAACAUCAAAAACUAAAAUUCCCACAAAAUGGACAUCAAUUAAAUUGCCCAAUUUAACUAUCUGGGAUACUCCCGGAUUUGAAGACAACAGAGGAAUAAUACAGGAAAUCACUAAUUCCAUGUAUUUCUAUAAUUUAAUGAAAAAUGUUAAUUUACCAAAAUUUAUUUUAAUCAUCAAUUUUGGUGACAUUCAUCAUGACAGUAAUACACCACUUUUAAGAGAUUUAAAUAUUCUUGAACAGUUUUUUGGUGAUAAGUUUAAACAUUUUUUUUCACGUAUAACAGUAAUUUUUUCCAAAGUACCCUUCAAACUGUAUAAUAACGAAGUUAAUAUCACAGUGAUCCAAAGAAUGUUGAAUGCAAAAGUUGUAAUAAUUAGGGAAAUAUUGUCAAAUGUUUUAAAAAAAUUUGUUGAUUUUUUAUUACGGUGUAGAGAUCGUAUUGCAAUUUUUAGAUUAGCAAAUACAACCAGUAAUAUUGGUUACGAGUUUGGUUUAAAUAUUUUUCAAUCUAUUAUAAACUCUGAAAACGUACAGGGAAAUUCUGUUCAGAAUGUGGGUCAAAGUAUUUCUGAUACAACGAAAUAUUGCUUUUUACAAUACAUAAAUGGACAUACAUCAUUUCAGAAACUUUAUGAAUUAUGGACCUCAUUGCAGAUUAAAUUGGUGGAAAAAAUUACUAUCUUUAUCAAUUUAACCAAGAAUGGCGAUAAGAAUACAACAGAAACUAUGAUAAAGAACUUAACUAAUAUUUAUGUUCUACUAAAUAGUUCUAGAAUAGAUGAAAAUGAUAUAUUUAAAAAUUUGGAACUUUUACAAACCGUUGAAGUUAAUCUGAUGGAAAAAAUUGAGGAAAGUGAUACAAUAAAAAAAAUUGAAUUUAAUAUAUUCGCUUCUAAUUUAUUAACAUUAAAUGAAAAUGAAGAAUUCAAUUUGAUUAUGAAAAUGAUUAUAAUGUCUAUGCGAGAAAAGAUUAAAGCAUCUAUUUCUGAAAUUUCAAAUUUCCAAUCAUUAAUUCAAGAGAAGAAGAAGAUCAUGGAAUAUUCGAAAAAAUUAGAAAAAGAUAAUAAUACAUGGCAUAUAAUUUUGUAUUGGCUUAAAGAUUUGUUUGAUGAUAGCAAUAAACCUAGUAUGGGAUAAAUAGGAAAGUAGUCCUUCAAUCGAAAAUGAAAGCCUAAUAUAUUUUCUUAUUUUUAUGAUAAUAUAUUAUAAUAUUUAAUAUUGAUUUGAUUUCAUUGUAAUUAUUAAGUAUAGAAUUAAUGUAUCGAUUCUGUAACAAUAAAAAUUUUGUUAUUUCACUAUCACAAGAAAUUCCUGUGUUUUCAUUCGAUACACCUGUAACAUGACAAUUGGUUGUCUAAACAUUAAAUUUAGUGAUAUUUUAAAUAUUAAACAAUAGAUACACAAAAUGAAGAAAAUUGCAUAAUUUCUAAAUAUUUGAAGAAGCCACGUACAUCUUUUGCCACGUUGCAUAAAAUUUUAAAUAUAUGCUAAAUGUGUAAAUUUAUCUGAUUGCACCAGUUUUUUUUUAUAACGCAAAUAAAUUAAACAUCAAGAAA